UCGGGGGCGUAAGGCUCUGGCCCGCGUCGUGGGCCCGGUGCCAGCCCAGCGCGCGGGAGGGGCGCCCCGCAGGAAGCAGGGCAUCAGGUUGGAAGUGCGAAAGCUGUGGGAGCGCCUCUCGGCUUGAAGAAGUGGUGGUUUCGGUUUUGGAGGUUUUUCUACAUGAGUGGAGAAGGUAGAUGUUGCAAGUAGAAGAGAGACAACAUUUUUUUAGGAUGUCUGAAGAUGAAGAAAAAGUGAAAUUACGCCGUCUUGAACCAGCUAUUCAGAAAUUUACUAAGAUAGUAAUCCCAACAGACCUGGAGAGGUUAAGAAAGCACCAGAUAAAUAUUGAGAAGUAUCAGAGGUGCAGAAUCUGGGACAAGUUGCAUGAAGAGCAUAUCAAUGCAGGACGUACAGUUCAGCAACUCCGCUCCAAUAUCCGAGAAAUGGAGAAGCUUUGUUUGAAAGUCCAAAAGGAUGACCUUGGACUUCUGAAGAGAAUGAUAGAUCCUGUUAAAGCAGAAGCAUCAGCAGCAACAGCAGAAUUUCUUCAACUCCAUCUGGAAUCUGUAGAAGAACUUAAGAAACAAUUUAAUGAUGAAGAAACUUUAUUACAGCCUUCUUUGACCAGAUCCAUGACUGUUGGUGGAACAUUUCACACUACUGAAGAUGAAGCUGAUCCUCAGAGUAUGACUCAGAUAUAUGUGUUGCCUGAAAUUCCUCGAGAUCAAAAUGCUGCAGAAUCAUGGGAAACCUUAGAAGCGGACUUAAUUGAACUUAGCCAACUGGUCACUGAUUUCUCUCUCCUAGUGAAUUCUCAGCAGGAGAAGAUUGACAGCGUUGAAGACCAUGUCAACAGUGCUGCUGUGAAUGUUGAAGAGGGAACCAAAAACUUGGGGAAGGCUGCAAAAUACAAGCUGGCAGCUCUGCCUGUGGCAGGUGCACUCAUCGGAGGAGUGGUGGGGGGUCCGAUUGGACUCCUUGCAGGCUUCAAAGUGGCAGGAAUUGCAGCUGCACUUGGUGGUGGGGUGUUGGGCUUCACAGGUGGAAAAUUGUUACAAAGAAAGAAACAGAAAAUGAUGGAGAAGCUCACUUCCAGCUGUCCAAAUCUUCCCAGCCAAACUGACAAAAAAUGCAGUUAAAAACCAAACUUCAGUAUUACUGGCGCCAACAUGUCUAUCCUUUGCUGCUGUUGGACACUCAGUCAGCUUUUGGAACAUGAUUAUAUCAAAAUAGUGGCUAUAGAUGCUCAAGUGGGAUUGAACUGUGAUAAGUGGAUGUAUUUUGUUGUUUGCUGGGGUGUUAAUGGGGAUGUUAGAGAUUGAGGAGCCUGGACUGAGGGUGUACAGUAUUUGUCAGGUAAAGUUUAAGGACUGCCAGGGAACAGAUUUUUUACCUGGAAAUGUGAAAACCCAACCAUAACUUUAAUAAGGACUUGUGAUGUGUGAACAUGUUGGGUUACGGAAGGAUAGUUUUCAGAAUAGUUUUUUCCAUAACCCUGACCUGGAGACUCCAAGGCUAAGCAUAUUGUAAAUAUGCUUCUUUAUCUCCUAAAUAUAGAUUUUUUAGGCAUUUUAGCAGAGAAAAGAAUGGAAGUUCAGCUUUUCGUAUCAAAUAGGGAAAUCAGGAUCUAGCAAGGUGCAUGAGUAAACUGCAUAACGGAGUCCAUUUGGUGAGCCCUAUUGCAAUUUGGUCUAACAAUAUUUUCAAGUGAAGGAAACAAAUAGUGUAAGAAAAUGGAAAGAGAGGCCCAACUUCUCUUUCAGAUAUCUUAAUUUAUGACCCUGGCUUCUUCUCUGAACUCUUUUUUCUGCCUCUCUGUAAAUAAAGAACAGAGAGUCUCAAGUGGUAGACUUAUAAAGCCAGUCACUAAGCUUGCUCUGUCAGCCUGUCUCUUAACACCUCAAAUAUCUAGUCCCCUCUGCCUUCCCUCCCUUGUAAUUUUGAAAAGUUCUUUGACUUACGGGGUGAAUUCUACCCAUGUGUAAUGCAGACUUCUCUCAUAAUCUGUUUUGUUUUUCUUUUUUAACAUCUUUAUUAGGGUAUAAUUGCUUUACAAUGGUGUGUCAGUUUCUGGUUUAUAACAAAUGUUUGGGGUUUUUUUUGUUGUUUUUGGGUUUUUUUUUUUUGGUAUUGGCUGCCAUCUUUGUUCAUCCUCUACUGUAACCUCUAGGUAAAAAAGAAAGUGAGAGAAAGAGAGGUGUCGAUUUCCAAAUACUUCCAACGCUGUUAGACUUUGAGCUAAAAAAUAAGCAAGGGGGGAACACCAGAUCAUUUCUUGGGGCAUCUUACAAUUUCAGGGGGCUCAUGUACUUGCUGUGCAGGGAGUGUUUGACCCUAAGUCUCUUAAGCUGGCACUUGGAGGAGCUAAGAACUAGCUUUCUACCUCACUUCUGUUGCUACCAUCCUUUUCCCCAGGCUUUGCCAUCUCCUGUGAUUCCUUCACUUUGCACAGCUGCUGUUUCUUCCCAAGAAUGGCAUUCAUGCUUGCCUUUUCUCACAUUCAAGGUUGAUGGUGGACAAAGCCUGGCCAAGACUCAGUCCUGGUGGAGGAUUUGUGGUGCUAAUCUCAACACUUGACAUUGACAGCAAGCAUGGCUCAGCCCAACCCACUGUCUAUCUCAAAUAGCAGAAAAGUUUUAAA